CGGACUGGCUGGUGCACUUGUCAGCGAGGCGGACAUAUUGGAUAGUGUCGGUACCGCAGUGUUACGCUCUGGAUGGGUCGCGAAAGCUCAAUAUAGCCCCUUUACUUAACGGAUUUCUCGCCUCCUCUCACCACCUCCCUCCAACAUGACGCAGAUGUUGCCCAUACGCUUCCAGGAGCACUUACAGCUCACCAAUGUUGGGAUUCAGGCAUCCAACAUUGGGUUCAACACCCUCACCAUGGAAUCGGACAAGUUCAUCUGUGUCCGUGAAAAGGUGGGGGAGACCGCACAGGUAGUGAUCAUUGACAUGGGCGACCCAACCAACCCUAUCCGACGCCCCAUCUCUGGAGACUCGGCCAUCAUGAAUCCAGCGUCGAAAGUAAUUGCUCUUAAAGCUCAGAAGACACUACAGAUUUUCAACAUUGAAAUGAAAACUAAAAUCAAAGGUGAGUAUACACACACAAUGGACACGGAAAUACAAUUCUGGAAGUGGAUCUCCACCAACAAGCUGGCAUUAGUGACAGAAACUGCAGUUUACCACUGGAGUAUGGACGGAGAUGCUCAGCCACUGAAGAUGUUUGAUCGCCAUAGCAGCUUGAACGGUUGUCAAAUUAUAAACUACCGCACAGAUUCAAAGCAGAAUUGGCUGUUGCUUAUUGGUAUCUCGGCACAGCAGAAUCGUGUGGUGGGCUUCAUGCAGCUGUACAGUAUAGACAGGAAAGCCAGCCAACCCAUUGAGGGCCACGCUGCUGGCUUUACAACUUUCAAGAUGGAAGGUAACGCAGAACAUUCCACAUUGUUCUGUUUUGCUGUGCGCAAUGCUCAAGGAGGAAAGCUGCAUAUCAUUGAAGUUGGACAGCCAGCAGCUGGUAACCAGCCUUUUACUAAAAAGAAUGUAGACGUGUUUUUCCCACCAGAGGCACAGAAUGAUUUCCCCGUGGCUAUGCAGGUUAGUUCGAAGCAUGAUGUCAUCUACCUGAUCACAAAGUAUGGAUAUGUCCACCUUUAUGACAUCGAGAGUGGAACUUGCAUCUUCAUGAACCGUAUCAGUGGAGACACCAUUUUUGUCACAGCUCCCCAUGAACCCUCCAGUGGCAUUAUUGGGGUUAACCGUAAGGGACAGGUACUGAGCGUAAGUGUUGAUGAGGAGAACAUCAUUCCCUACAUCAAUAAUGUGUUGCAAAACCCUGACCUGGCACUGAGGAUUGCGACCAGGAACAACCUUGCUGGAGCAGAAGAUCUGUUUGUACGCAAAUUCAACACACUUUUCCAGAAUGGGCAGUAUAGCGAAGCAGCCAAAGUAGCUGCCAAUGCCCCUAAAGGUGUUCUACGCACUCCUCAGACUAUCCAGAGAUUCCAACAAGUGCCUGCUCAGCCCGGGCAGACAUCACCACUACUGCAGUACUUUGGCAUUCUUCUAGAUCAGUCUCACCUAAAUAAGUUUGAAUCCCUAGAACUGUGCAGACCCGUGUUGGCGCAAGGUCGUAAGAAUUUGCUUGAAAAGUGGCUAAAGGAAGAUAAGUUGGAGUGUUCGGAGGAGCUCGGUGAUCUUGUGAAACAGGCAGACCCUACUCUGGCCCUUUCUGUGUACCUGAGGGCAAAUGUACCAAACAAGGUGAUUCAGUGCUUUGCUGAAACUGGUCAGUUCCAGAAGAUUGUGCUUUAUGCUAAGAAAGUUGGUUACACCCCUGACUAUGUGUUCUUGUUAAGAAAUGUGAUGCGUGUUAAUCCGGAUCAAGGUCUUGCAUUCGCUCAAAUGUUGGUGCAGGACGACGAGCCAAUGGCCGACGUCAACCAAAUCGUGGACAUUUUCUUAGAGUCCAACUUGAUUCAGCAGUGUACUGCCUUCUUGUUGGAUGCCCUGAAGAACAAUCGCCCCACCGAAGGACCACUGCAGACCCGCCUGCUGGAGAUGAACCUCAUGUCUGCUCCACAGGUAGCAGACGCCAUUCUCGGUAACCAGAUGUUCACCCACUAUGACCGAGCACACAUUGCCCAGCUGUGCGAGAAGGCGGGUCUACUGCAGCGUGCCUUGGAACACUACACAGACAUGUACGACAUCAAGAGGGCCGUAGUUCACACACAGUUACUCAACCCAGAGUGGCUGGUGAAUUACUUUGGCUCCUUAUCUGUCGAGGAUUCUUUAGAGUGCUUGAAGGCGAUGCUUACGGCUAAUCUCCGCCAAAAUCUCCAAAUUGUGGUUCAGAUUGCUACCAAGUACCACGAGCAGCUGACAACAAAUGCACUGAUUGAUCUCUUCGAGUCUUUCAAGUCUUUUGAGGGUCUCUUCUAUUUCCUGGGGUCUAUUGUCAACUUUUCACAAGAACCUGAAGUUCACUUCAAGUACAUCCAGGCAGCAUGUAAAACUGGACAGAUUAAGGAGGUUGAGAGAAUAUGCCGGGAGUCCAACUGUUACAACCCUGAGCGUGUGAAGAACUUCCUGAAGGAGGCCAAACUGACUGACCAGCUGCCUCUGAUCAUUGUGUGUGACCGAUUUGACUUUGUCCAUGACCUGGUGCUCUACCUCUACCGCAAUAACUUGCAAAAAUACAUCGAGAUAUAUGUGCAGAAGGUGAAUCCAUCACGUCUACCUGUUGUUGUUGGAGGUCUGCUUGAUGUAGACUGUGCAGAAGAUGUGAUAAAGCAGCUGAUCAUGGUUGUUCGUGGACAAUUCUCAACGGAUGAGUUGGUGGAAGAAGUUGAGAAGAGGAACCGCCUGAAGCUGCUGCUGACGUGGCUUGAGUCCCGUAUCCACGAGGGAGUUUCGGAGUCAGCCACCCAUGACGCUAUCGCUAAAAUUUACAUAGAUUCAAACAACAACCCAGAGAGAUUCUUGCGUGAGAACCAGAACUACGACAGUAAAGUUGUCGGGAAAUAUUGUGAGAAGCGAGACCCCCACCUUGCUUGUAUUGCAUAUGAGCGCGGCCAGUGUGACAGAGAAUUGAUCAAUGUUUGCAACGAGAACUCCCUCUUCAAGUCCGAAGCAAGAUACCUUGUGAGGCGAAGAGACCCUGAACUUUGGGCUGAAGUCCUCCAGGAGUCUAAUCAAUACAGGAGACAACUAAUUGACCAGGUUGUACAAACAGCAUUAUCAGAGACUCAGGACCCAGAGGAUAUAUCAGUUACUGUGAAAGCCUUCAUGACUGCUGACUUACCUAAUGAACUCAUUGAACUCUUGGAGAAAAUUGUUCUGGACAAUUCUGCUUUUAGUGACCACAGGAAUCUUCAGAAUCUACUAAUCCUAACGGCCAUAAAGGCAGACCACACCCGCGUCAUGGACUACAUCACCCGCCUCGACAACUAUGAUGCUCCAGACAUUGCCAACAUUGCCAUCGGUAACCAGUUGUAUGAAGAAGCUUUUGCUAUAUUCAAGAAGUUUGACGUGAACACCUCAGCCAUACAGGUUCUGAUUGAGCACAUAGCCAACCUUGACCGAGCCUAUGAGUUUGCUGAACGAUGCAAUGAGAGUGCAGUUUGGAGUCAGUUGGCUAAGGCACAGCUUCAACAGUCCCUGGUGAAGGAAGCAAUCGACUCCUUCAUAAAGGCAGAUGACCCAACUGCUUACAUUGACGUCGUUGACACAGCUCACAGGACAGGUCACUGGGAAGAUUUGGUACGAUACUUGGUUAUGGCACGUAAAAAGGCUCGGGAAUCGUAUGUUGAGAGUGAACUCUGUUAUGCCUAUUCCAAAACCAACAGACUAGCAGAUCUGGAGGAAUUUAUUGCUGCUCCCAACCAUGCUGAUAUUCAGAAGAUUGGUGACCGGUGCUUUGACGAUGGUAUGUAUGAUGCGGCAAAACUCCUCUACAAUAACGUUAGUAACUUUGCCCGUCUAGCAAUCACUCUUGUUCACUUGAAGGAGUUCCAGGGAGCUGUGGAGUCUGCCAGGAAAGCCAACAGUACAAGAACGUGGAAAGAAGUUUGCUUUGCGUGUGUGGACAAUGAACAGUUUCGUUUGGCUCAGAACUGUGGCCUUCAUAUUGUUGUUCAUGCUGAUGAGUUGGAGGAUCUCAUCAACUACUACCAGGACCGUGGGUAUUUUGAUGAGCUGAUCAACUUGCUGGAGGCAGCUCUGGGACUUGAGCGUGCACACAUGGGUAUGUUCACAGAACUUGCCAUUCUUUACUCAAAGUACAAGCCUGAGAAGAUGCGAGAACACCUUGAGCUCUUCUGGUCCAGGGUUAACAUUCCAAAGGUUUUGCGUGCAGCAGAGCAAGCACAUCUAUGGGCUGAGCUUGUAUUCUUAUAUGACAAAUAUGAAGAAUAUGAUAAUGCAGUUCUCACCAUGAUGGCUCAUCCCACAGAAGCCUGGCGAGAGUCUCACUUCAAAGAUGUUAUUACAAAAGUUGCCAACAUUGAGUUGUAUUAUAAAGCCAUCCAGUUUUACUUGGACUACAAACCUAUGCUUCUAAAUGACUUGUUAUUAGUUUUGUCACCGAGGAUGGACCACACCAGAGCGGUCAACUUCUUCACAAAGGCAAGUCAUUUGAAACUGGUCAAGGGUUACCUAAGAUCAGUACAGUCACUCAACAACAAGGCUAUCAAUGAGGCCCUCAACUCUUUACUCAUUGAAGAAGAAGACUACACUGGCCUAAGGACUUCCAUUGAUGCAUUUGACCACUUUGACAACAUAUCUCUGGCUCAGUCCCUGGAGAAACACGAUCUGAUUGAGUUUCGUCGUAUUGCUGCUUACUUGUACAAAGGCAACAAUAGGUGGAAACAGUCUGUUGAGCUCUGCAAAAAGGAUAAACUCUUUAAGGAUGCCAUGGAAUAUGCAGCCGAAAGCAAGAAUUCGGACACCGCAGAGGAGCUCCUGCAGUGGUUCCUGGAAAACGGCAACUUUGACUGCUUUGCCGCUUGCCUGUUCCAUUGUUACGACCUUCUCCAUCCCGAUGUAAUAUUAGAAUUGGCAUGGAGGCAUAACAUCAUGGACUUUGCCAUGCCUUACUUGAUAAAUGUUAUGCGAGAGUAUGUCACAAAGGUUAACAAACUUGAAGAUAUGGAGAAGCAUAGGUCUGAAGAGAAUGAGACUAAUGAAAGCAAGCCUAUGAUGAAUAUGAUUGGUGAGCCUCAGCUUAUGAUCACUGCUGGCCCGGGCAUGAUUGGACCAGGCUACUCCAACGCUGGUUACGCUAACAACAUUAACUACGGUCCUGGCAUGCCUUCCCUUCAAGGUUACAGCAUGUAAACACAAAAUUCUCAAGAUUCUCCAAGUUUUAAGACCAGUAUGAAAAACUUUCAAGGUUGGUUCACUAGUAACAGUAGACUUUGAUUUACCAAGGCUACAUGCAAGCUUGUUGUAACUAAUAAUAACAAAGAGCCUCCCAGAAUAUUCCAUAAGUUUGCCAGUUGUGAAAAUUACCAGGUUGACUUAAUCCCCAGGGAUAUAAUUGUGUCCAAAUUUUGCGUCUGUCUAGGAUUUCUGCAAGUUUAACUCUUGAGUAUAAAUGGGGGAGAAUUUGUGGUGCCCUGUGAGAGCAAAAUAAAGCUUAUUGUUGAGUAGUGUGUGGUUAGCGUGAGAAUGGAUGAGUGUGUUGUAGAGGCAUUCAGGUCAUUCACUCGGCUGUUCCACAGAUUGUCGUCCUGUUUUUUCAAUAAUAGCUUUGUCCUCCAAGUGGGAUUUGUAAGAAAUUUUGUGGAGGUGUGGGGCAAGACAUGCUGCCUCACAUGCUAUCUUUUUAUUUUUGUUAACAGAAUUCCUUUUGAAUGCUAUGGUGUAAAAAAAAAUAACAAAUACAAGCAGGUAUAAUAACUACUGUUCCCCAUUGUAUAUAGUUUAUCCCAUCAAGACUUAUAUGCUGAAUGUGAUGUAGCAUUGUUUUGCCUGUUCCUCUUAUGAUGAUUUAUGAUUGGUGUCCCAAGUAGAGUGUUACAGUUGACUCUGUGAGGAUUGUGAUUAGAAAUAUGUAUAUAUAGAUUAAAUUAAUAAGGCUGAUUAUAGACAUAAUAUUCCUGGUGAAGACAUUAUGGUAUCAUGUAAACAUACCUAAAAUCGAUGUGAUGUUAUGGGACUGAAGGUCAUGGGCAUUCACCUGUCUAUAUCAAACCAUUCCUAAAACUUAACUGAUUAGCCAGGUGGAAUGCCUCAUCCUGUCCAGUCCACAUGGAGAUUGAAGGUGAAAUAACUGAAGCUUUGUCCAUUGUGUGCCUUCAAAUAGCAAAUGGAAGGCUUAAAAUAUUUAAAAAAAAUUGUUUUCAAUGAGGUAUUGCUAUUCCCAAGGCCAAUGGUCCGUGUUCAAUGGUUGUUCAUUAGUAAUUUAGGUUAUUUCCAAUUGGUAUGGCUAGAGCAGCUGCAACCCCCCCCCACCCCACUGGAACAGGCUAUACCUCAUUGGAUUAGAAAAUGGUCUUGGUUCUACCUGAGGCACUGAAUUGUUGGUCAUCAAACUGCAUCAUUGUAGAGGUCAGUCUUAGGGUCUUCAAUUAUUGAGAGGUAUUCUUGAUUUCAUUUAUAAAACCUUAUGGUGAAGGAAGUCUAGCAUGAUGGCCAGCACUCCAGUGUAUAGAGGCAUUGGGAGGGGAGGAGACAGGUAGCAGCUAAGUUUUAAUUUGAGAGUUUAACACCUUAUGUUUGAGAAUGAAGAACCACUGUGCAUUCUUACCUAUCACCUCCACUUUUUUAUUAUUAUUAUUAUUAUCUUUUAAUACCAUGGAAAUAUACUUUUAUUUUUCUCUUCUUUAUUACUUAACAAUAGGAGAAACAUCUGUGGACAUAGAUUAAAGCUUCAACAAUUAUAUUUAGUAUCUUUAACAGUUAAUAAUUAUUGACAAUUGUAUUUUUUAAGUUAGAGACUAUUGAGAGUUUUAAAAGUAUUUAUUAUUAAUAGGAAAAAUUUUUUGCAUGUACAUUUCUGUGGUGAUGAAGCCUAUCCAUUCCAACGAGAGGCUUCAAGGAGACAUUUCUGUUGACUCCUAACAUUCAGUGGUUGCCUGAAAUUUAGAGCAUAUGUACUGUGGCCACAUGUCAAGUUUAAAUAAACACCUCCCACAUGA